CUUUCUCGGGAGAACUGUUUGGUGCCUCUGUGCCUCCCCCAGUUAAAUUUGUAUGUUUAAAAAUGCUAAAUGGAAAGGUUCUUAGAACACUUUUCUACUCUCUUUGGAGCACUCAAAGCGCUUUAUACAACAUGCCUCAUUCACACAAGCACUUAUUUCUGUCCCUAAGUGGUUUCUAGCUAACAUUCAUACUCGGAUGGAUGCAGCUGAGAGGAACUUGAGGGUCAUAUCUUGCCCAAGAAUACUUUAGCAUGCAGGUUGGACUUGCCAAGGAUCCGAACCACCAACCUUCCAAUUGGUGGAUGAUCUGCUCUACAUCCUGAGCUUGCUCCCUGGUUAUAUGGGCGAGAAGCAGGGUGCACCCUGGACAGGAUGCCAGAAUUUGCAGGCAGGAUGUUGCGGCUUUGCUGUAAGACCAAAAAUGGGAGCCACUUGAUGCAUGGCUUGACUCAUCGGUCCUGCGUGCAGGAGCUGAAGCGCAAGGUGGAGGAGCUGACUGGUAUCCCCUGUGAUGUGCAGAAAAUAAUGGUCGGAUACCCACCCUCCAGCCUUGAUCUUCGGAACGGAGAAGCUCACCUCAAGGACUACCCUAUCAAAUCAGGAGACACACUCAUCGUUGAGGAGGAAAAAAACAAGCCAAAGCCUCAGGAUCGUCCCGCUGUGACGAAAGGACCUAACCUCGAAGUUUCACCUGUGCUGGCACGCCGAGUGGUCCCAGCUGACAACUCCUGCCUCUUCACCAGUGUUUAUUACGUGGUGGAAGGCGGAGUACGACCCGCCUGCGCCCCUGAAAUGCGAGGUCUCAUUGCCCAGAUAGUCUCGAGUGACCCCGCGGCUUACUCUGAAGCGGUGCUGGGGAAAACCAAUGAGGAGUACUGCACCUGGAUAAGACGUGAUGACACCUGGGGAGGAGCCAUCGAGGUAUCAAUCCUGUCUAAGUUUUACCAGUGUGAGAUCUGCGUAGUGGAUACUCAGACAGUGCGAGUAGACAGAUUUGGGGAGGAUGCUGGCUACCACAAACGCGUGUUGCUGAUCUAUGAUGGCAUCCACUACGACCCGCUGCAGAAAGAGAUCCCCGGAUCUGACACCCCGCAGACUAUCUUCUCGACCACAGACGGCGUAAUCCUGGCCCAGGCCCUCGAGCUGGCAGGCGAGGCUCGCCGCAAGCGGCAGUUCACAGACGUUAACCGCUUUGCCUUGCGCUGCAUGGUGUGUCAGACAGGCUUGGUGGGACAAAAGGAAGCUCGUGAGCAUGCCAAGGAGACAGGCCACACUAAUUUUGGUGAAGUGUGAAAGUCUUGCUGUCUUUCUUUUGCUGUAUCUCACAAAUACAACAACCACCAACCCCCAUGCCCUGUGUCUGGCAACUCUGUGGGUCUGUCUGCUUUUGUGAUCCUCUACCUCACAUUAUCUGGCAACAUCUUUGGAGACUCUGCAGGUACUGUGUUCCGCCUCUUACCUGUUCAGUAUUACUUUUUAACUACUGUCAGUUCUUACAGUCAGAAAUGCUACUGCAGUGCUCCAGUGUUAGAAACCAUAAUAUUCAGAUCUCUUUAAACUGGGACAGGAUGCAAAAAAUUCUUAGUAGUUUCGAUCUGGUAAUAUUACUCAUGGACAAGUUCACGGUGACAUAAACCAAACAGUUUAGGAUGUGUUAUCAAUGCAACAGAUUGGCAGAACCUACCCUUGACGAAACAAAGAUGUGCGAACAAAGAGUUUUAAAACAGCCACUAAGAAUUAUUUGCACAGUUAUGUGAUCACAUUCACUUUUGUCUUAAACACAACAAGCUUGACUGUUAUUUAUCAUGUUGGUUAUGUAGCAUGUUUUUUUUUAUUACAUUGGGUGCAGAUGUAAGUAAUUCUUCCAUUAAUUUCCUUAAAUUGAAACAUUUGAACUGUUCAAUAUAGAUGGCCUGAGUUAAUGCUAAGCAGGAUUCUUCUAAAUUUUAAUUUAAUGAAAAAUCAAUCAAACCAACCUAACCUCCUGAAUAUCAGUAGUUUUUUUAUUGUUUUGGGGGGGGGGGGGUUGGUGCAAGAACCUUAAUAACUAUAACUAUGGAUCCUUCAUAUUGUCAAUAUUUUCUGAGUUGCAUGCUGUAAAUCUGCACAGGUGUGACUCAAAAUUUGGCACUUUGUUUAAUCCAGAAGGAUAUGACGACUAAAAGAAGAUUCAGGUAUCAAAAUGUAGGUUAGAAAAUUAGACCUUUCAAGGCUACAACUUGUUCUGAUCAGCCACCUAUCCUACAUGGUGAUGUGAUCCUAUACAAAUAACCAUUUGCGUAACAAACAGAUAACUCAUUGCAGACACCAAUGCAUCUCUCUGUUACUCUGCGUCUAUCGAAGACAUUAAAUGCAAUGAUUUGUCCCUUGAUUAUUAUUAAGCUCAAAGGUACACUAUGUUUGGUAUGGUUGGUGGUAUGCAUUUUGAAUACAGUAUCAUACUGCAAGUGCAAAAUUGGUUUUGGGGGAUCUUUUGGGGGUGGUGUUGCAACAUUGAUUGUGAGUGGGCUUGACUAAAUAAGACAAAAAAAGUUAUGGUGCUGUAAACGAAACACUUUACAAAAUCUGUAGCUCAUUUUUCUAUAUUUGUGCUGCAGGUUUUGACGAG